AUGGCGCUCUCGAUUAAGGAGUCUAAACAGAUGGAUUCUAGCAAGUGUGUCAGAUAUACGCCUGAGCAGGUUGAGGCUUUGGAGAGGGUUUGCUCUGAACGCCCCAACCCAAGCUCCAUGAGAAGAUGCCGUGAAAAGCAAAGAAAGGAUGCAUCCUGUGUACAGACGGCGAACAGGAAGCUGACUGCAAUGAACAAGCUUUUGAUGGAGGAGAAUGACAGACUUCAGAAGCAGGUCUCCCACUUGAUGUAUGAGAAUGGUUUCAUGCGGCAGCAACUGCAGAAUCUGGUGAAAUGGAACUUAUGA